AUGUCACGAAAUGCAAAGGCAAGCAGCAGUAGCCGAAAGGCACAAAUUAAUUGGACAUCAUAUAUAGAUGAAUGUAUGACAAAGGCCUUAGUUGAGGAAGUAUUGCUGGAAAAAAAAUCUGACAACGCUAUUCGAGAAGCUAGUAUGAAUAAAGUAGCAAAAAUUGUGAUGGAAACAUUUUCUGUGCAAGUGGAUGGAGAAAAGUGCAGGAAUCGGUUACAAACGCUUAAAAAGAAAUAUAACUUGGCAAAGCUUACACUUAGCAAAAGUGGCUUCGGUUGGGAUGAAGAAAGAAAAUGUGUUACCGCUGAACUAGACGUUUGGGAUGAAUUCAUCAAGGUGAAAAACAAGCCAUUUCCACUGCUAGCUCAGUUUGAUAUUACAUGUGGGGACGAUUCUGCUACCGGGAACGCAGUACGAACUACAUCCGAUCUUGAGAAAGAAGUCCUCCAUUCAUCUCAUUACAUGGAUGACAUCCCAUUGUCCUCAUACCCCUCUGGAUCAUAUACACCAUUUGCACCACCCGAUGAUGUAUAUUCUGACGAAACACAAGGUCAAUAUCAAUAUGGCGAAGGAAGCGGUCAAAGGGAUGUGAGAAACUCUGCUCCAAGGCCAUUAAAGAAGAAGAAGAAUGCCUCUAUUGCAUCAACUGUUAUUGAAAAGUUUGAACGCAUGCAGGAAACAAUGGAUGAAUAUGUUUCAUUCAAAACUAAAACAGCAGAAAGACUAUGGGAUGAGUUGGAGAAUAUGACAACCAUUGAUUCUGACAUGAUGUAUAGGGCCUACACAUUCCUUACGGAAAGACUGCAUUUUGCUUCUACAUUCCUAGAUCAUGUAAGUCCUAUUCAAAGGAAUGAAUGGUUGGAGAGGAUGAUUCCCUAG